AUGGUGGCUCUCCAUGCUGACGUUCCACCUGGGAUCCAGGUUCCCCUUCAGACGUUCCUCAGAUGUUCCUCAGAUCUUUCCUUCCAUGGUGACUCUUCAGAUGUUCUUCAGAUGUUCUCCAGAUUGUGCCUUCCAUGGUGGCUCUCCAUCCUGACCUUCCAUCUUGGAUCCAUGUUCUCACCAGGUUCUCCUCCAGAUGUUUCCUCCUCCCAUGGUGACUUUCCAUCUUCAUCAGAUGUUCCUCAGAUGGUUCCUCCCACAACAUUCUCCUCCCAACAGCUCUGCUUUCCUAGAAGGUCACCUCUCCACGCUCUUCCUGGUUUCCUAGAAGGUCUCCGUGGUCCUCCGCGGCGUUCUUCUCCUCCCGACGACUCCUGUUUCCUAGAAGGUCCUCCUGGUGUUCUACCAACAGGUCCUGUUUCCUAG